UGUUACUUUUAAAGCACAAAACUUUUAAUACUAUUCAGUAUUUACAAAUCAUUAUUACGUCAUAAUUGGCUUGAAAAAUGAAUGAAAUGGGGGUAAACCACAUUAAUUUGGAGUAAUUUUAGUUUUUGUCCCCCCUUUUAACGAAUCAAAAUGGGGCCUUCUUAUAAGUUACCGAAUCUAAUGACGUCAUCACAAAAUACCGGUCAAGGUGACGAAGGCAUGACGAAACCAAAACGAGAACUUCGUCUACCUCCAAUCGAUCGAACGGGAAACGCCCUUCCCAAUGUUUGGAAGAAAAACCCUUUUAAAAUUCCCGGGAAUAUUCAUUGGAUUGAUUUGUGUCAGAAUGAGCUGCAACGAGAGGCAGACUUGCGGAGAAUGGAACGUAACAAACGCUUUUAUCAAAAACACACGUUCAGAUCAAGAUACACGGGAACCACUCUGCCAGCGAUGCGGGAAAUGUUUAGGAAAAUGGGCGAAGAAGAAACGAAGAAACAAAAACCGAAUGACUUAAAAGAAGAAGUUUCAAUGGCGUCCCAAAAGUGUCGCGUGCGCCCAGUGGAGAAAGAGUUCACUCAUGAGUUGAUACAAAGGAAAAGAGAAAUGUUUUUGGUCAACUUUGCAAUCAAAACGAAGCGCGAUGAAAUAGCGAACUUUAAAUAUAAAGCAGUCGCCGCCGACGAGAAGUUGCGCAGGAGAGCACAGCGUUUACACGAGGAUGCGAUAUUAUUCGAUGAAUUCUUGAAAGCAACUGAUGAGGCAGCGGUGGAGGCAAUGAAACGAACCGAAAAAGAAACGAGACUCAAAAUUGAAAAAAUUGCCGAGUUGCGUCGAAUGCAAGCGAAGCUAAGUGCCCUGAAGGGAGAUAUUUCAAAAAAAGACGAAACACUAACGGAUUAUUUAAGUUACAAAUCCUUCUUGCUUCAAGUCAACGAUAAUUUAAAUUCCAAGAAUGGUGAGUACCUCACCAGCGAUGAGUGGGAGGAAAAGAGAAAGAAAGAUAGAAUGAGGAAGGAGGAGAGAAUCAGGAGGAGGGCGAAAGUGAGUUCGAGAGGGAAAGGCGUGUCAAGAAAUGAUUUCAUGCAGAGAAAGAAGAUCUCAUCCCCACGACCACCAACAAGAACUUCAUCACGGUUAGCCUUUUCAAAAAUGAAUUAUCCAGAAGAAUGGGACGAAAGCAAGCAAUCAGAAAAAGAAACAUCAAGUAUUCUCCAUAUCAUGGAUAAUCAGAGUCGUCUUCUCGCGAUCAUGAGGGGUCUGGAAGAAGAGAAUCUAAAGUUAAUUUACCAUUUCCAACAUUCAGAGGAAGCGUUUGACGAAAUGAAGGAAGUUUGUGCUGAAGCCGCUGCAAAAUUGGAAAAAGAGACCUCAAUACUUCGGGAUCAAGUUGAAAAGAUGCGGAAGUAUAUUGUCUCUGUGGAGGAGAGGUCGGAUCAGUUGAAGAUGAUGUGUCAGAUACUUGACGGAGGAUCGGAAGAGAAUGGAGAUGAAGCACUUGCAGAACUGAACGCUAAAGUUGAAAAGGUUUAUUACAACGUUGUUGGAAAGCUGAUGUUAAACAUUGAUGGUUUGAUGAUGUUGACCAACAUUGAAAACAAAGUUGAACAACUUCUAGAAGAGGUGGAGAAUCUUCCUGAGAAUGCAGUCAAGGAAAUACAGAAAAUUAAGGACAAGGAGCGACGUCUUCAACUUCGCGAGGAAAAGAUGAUGGUUCAGAAACACCGACAAGAGGAGAGAGCAAAGAAAGCCCAGGAGAGAGCAAACGCGAUAUCUUUCAAGAGAGUUGGAAGAAGAUUAGUGUUCCGGUCUGAACCAAUCAGAAACCGAGUUAUGAAGGCGGCAAACGACGCUAUUGUGACGACAGACAGCUCUUUAUUCUUCGAGCAUCAUUGAAUUUGGAAUGCAAACUUAAAUUUAUUAAAACUAGAUCUACCGUUUUGA